AUGUCGCUCACGCAACGAGUGACAUCGAUGGAGGAGCAUGAGCCGUGGAGUAGAGAGGCGAGCCCGGACUCCAGGCACCGGAAGAUGAGCUUCAACCCAGUCGGCACCUGGACCGAACAAACAGGCGAAGAGCCAACCAUAGGCGCAUUUGAAGUACCUAGGUGGAAAAGGCUGCUCCAGGUCUUCUUCGCCGUUAUCUACUGCCUCUUCGCCGCCGGUGUCGUCUUCGGUUACGCCGCGAUAAAACCCGUACUCCUCGAGGAAGGCGUCUACAGAGACUACUGCACAAAAGAAGAGCUAGAUCAAGAUGUACACGUCUGCUACGAACAGGAGCUCCGGCUCAACCUCAUGUUUACGAUCGCCGCCGUAUCCACGAACGUCGUCGCGCUUCCCGUCGGUACCAUCCUCGAUCGCUUCGGACCUCGCGUAUGCGGAAUAACUGGUGCGAUAUCUAUAACGAUUGGCGCAUUGCUUUUCGCAUUCGCGAAGGAAUUGGCUUUCGACGCGUUUAUCCCUGGAUACUUGUUCAUGGCGCUGGGUGGACCAUUUAUCUUCAUCUCGUCGUUCCAGCUCAGCAACACGUUUCCGCAAUACUCUGGACUCAUCUUGGCGCUUUUGACUGGAGCUUUCGAUACCUCAAGCGCGAUCUUCUUGAUAUACCGACUCAUCUACCAAGGCACUAAUGGCAACUUUUCGAUCAAAAAGUUCUUCCUUAUCUACCUUAUCGUCCCGGCUUUCAUCCUCGCAGUUCAGAUCCUCUUCAUGCCAUCGGUAUCGUACAAGACAGUUGGUGAGCUAGUCACUAGCGCGGAGGAAGAGCAGGUCAUCCACGACUCAGACGACGAGAUUGAAGACGCAGCAACUGUUCGGAGCCUUCAGGAUGCGCGACGAGCGCAUCGCGACAGCAUCGUUAGCGAAAUUACGUCUUUGCUUGGCACGAAAGAUGGUCAGAAGCAGGCGCAAGAGGAAGAUAAGAAGAAGAACAUUUCAGGUGUAUGGGGUGCGCUACACGGUCGCACCGCCAGCCAGCAGAUUCGCACUCCCUGGUUCAUCCUCAUUACGCUGUUCACUGUGCUGCAGAUGACGCGUAUCAACUACUUCGUUGCCACAAUUCGGACGCAAUACACGUAUCUUUUCCAUGACUACGAGAAGGCGGUCGAGAUCAACAACUUCUUCGAUGUCGCGCUUCCGGUCGGUGGUGUUUUGUCUGUACCGUUCAUCGGUCUGCUUCUGGACAACACAAGCACUACUUUUACGAUGGCGCUGCUCGUCACUGUUGCUACCACAAUUGGUGUGCUAGGCGUGAUUCCGGAGACAUGGGCUGCAUACGCCAACAUCGUUCUGUUCGUGCUUUACCGACCUUUGUACUACACUGCAGUCUCGUAA